AUCAAAGCGCGUCAGCGAACCAAGCGGCGGCCCCGGCGCAGGCGCACCAGACACCCAGUGAGACACAGACAGGGACACCGCCGCCGCCGCCGCCACCACCAGUCGGUGUGACUGCAGCUGCCGCUGAGCCUCUCGUUACCGAUCACCGAGAGCCCCUUACCCAUUGAAAAAACUUACAAGAAAGGAAAUGUGCUGCUGAUAGCGCAGUUGAUCGGAUUGCUGUCUGAAUAUGGGGGAAACGGAUAAAGCCUCGAAUGAUGCAGCCCAGACUGAAUCCAGCAUACAAAAAAAAGAAAGGGAGAAAAAGAAGAGAUCAAGGGUCAACAAGGUGCUUUCAGAAAUAAAGAAGCAGGUUGAGUUUUGGUUUGGUGACGUGAACUUGCACAAGGACCGAUUCCUUCAGGAACAGUUACAGAAGUCCAGGGAUGGAUAUAUUGACCUUUCAGUGCUGACAUCAUUCAACAAAAUGAAAAAACUGACCACAGAUGUUAAAUUAAUGGCUAGGGCAUUAAAAAACUCAGAAGUUAUUGAAUUGAAUGUAGAAGGAACGAAAAUAAGAAGACGUCAGGCCUUGGGAGAUCGGCCGCAAGAUGUUGAGGAGCGCACUGUUUAUGUGGAGUUGCUACCCAAAAACGUCUCACAUGGUUGGAUAGACCGAGUAUUCAGUAAAUGUGGGAACGUGGUCUAUGUCAGCAUCCCUCGGUACAAAACGUCUGGUGAUCCAAAAGGAUUUGCAUUUGUGGAAUUCGAAACUAUAACCCAAGCACAGAAAGCCAUAGAGGUGUUGAAUAAUCCUCCAGAAGAUGCACCAAGGAAACCUGGCAUUUUCCCCAAGACAGUAAAGAACAAACCAGUUACUGUAAUCAGCUCCAGUGAUUGCAGUGCUAAUGAUGAGAAGAAGAAAAAAAAGAAAAAGAAAUCACGGAGCAAGACUGAAAACCCCAGCCGGUCUGCAGCAGAGGCAAUGGAACAUUCCCAUAGAGAAACAAGCACCGAAGUCUUGGAAAAGGAGAAAGGGAAAGGGAGCAGAGCCACUUCAGACUGCUCAGAAACCGAUGGGCACAGGAACAUUUCGUCAAAAGGGGAGUCAAGGAAAAGGGAUAAAUCUGCAAGCACCGAAUCCUGUGAAGAGAGCAGAGCGAGGAAGCGAAAGAGAAGUCCUGAAAAACAAGACGGAGUGUCUGCAAAAGUGAGGAAAACAAGUGACAAGGGCAGCUCCCGCCGAGAAAAGGAAAAGAAAGCAGCACGAGAAAAGGAGACUAAAGAUGCUUCGACAGAAGAUGAGCGAGGUUCUGGAGAUAAGAAGGACGAGUCCAUGUCUAAGAGCAAGAGGAAGCGGAAGAAGAAACACAAGGAUAGACACAAGCUGGAAGAAGAAGUCAUUCCUCUCAGAGUAUUUUCCAAGAAAGAGUGGAUAGAUUUGAAGCAGGAAUACUUAAAACUACAGAAGGCCAGCAUGUCCAAUCUCAAGAAAACAAUGUUACAAAUCAAACAGCAAAAUGAGGGUGAAACAAUGGAGGUGACAGACAAAGUCAAACAGGAACUUGAAAAUGGUAAAGGAAAGGUUAACGAUGAAGGAGCCCAGCCCUCUGUGAAGGUUAACACCCUUGGGCCGCAGUUUGUGAGUGGAGUCAUUGUGAAGAUCACCAGCACUGAACCCCUGCUGGGCAGGAAACAGAUCAAGGACGCAUUGAUGGAGAUAUCAGAGGUUUUGUAUGUGGACCUGCUGGAGGGAGAUACUGAAGGACAUGUUCGGUUCAAAUGUCCAGAAGAUGCUCAGACUCUGCUUGCUGCACACCGGCAGAUUCAGGACAAGUACCACUGGAAACUUGAGCUUCUCACAGGUGAUGGGGAACAACGUUACUGGCAGAAGAUUUUGGUGGAUAGACAAGCAAAGCUAAACCGACCACGGGACAAAAAAAGAGGCAUGGAGAAGUUGAUUGUCAAGGCGGAAAAAAUAAUUGCUGCCAGGACACAGAAAACUGGGAAACAUAUUCGUUUUUCCCAGGAAGACUGAACACACAGUUUCUAAUGUCUUCUUUCAGUCAAAAUGAUUAUUUUUUUACUUUGCAAACUGUACUUCAGGGAGUUUCUAAAUGAUUGUCGUGUUACUGUACAUGCAAAUAUUGUUGUGCAGAAGCUGUUCACAGCCACAUUUGAAAAAAAAAUUGACUGAGUUGUUAUACUUCUCUGAGUUGUGUGAGAUUGGAUCUGUUGUACAUUCUUUGACAUAAAGGCAUAAAUCGAUUCCAA